AUGUCGCAACAAUUAGAUUCCUCCUCUCCAAAGAAGUUAUCCCCCACCGAUGCUUCUGAAUCUGUUCCAAGAACUGAACCGGUUAACCCUAAUCAAGUUCUUGAUAUUGCUCCUUUAAGAAUGGUCCCUGGGAUAUUCGUUCCUCUGCAAACUGUGAUUCCUGAACCCGCUGAUGUAACUAGGGCAAACAUCAUAGGGAAGUCCUCUAAUGAUGAUCAUGUCCACAUUUUUGAUGAUGAUGUACAUACUCCUGAUGGUGAUGUACAAGUGACUGAGGAGGAAGAAAAUAAUGAUGAUGAUGUUCCUAAAGACAAUGAUAAUGAAGAUGUCAGUGACAUUGGGAAUAUUAGUGUCGAUGCUGGUACAGGUACUGCUACAAGUACAGGCACACAUGUUGUGGACCGUGAUGACUAUUUUUAUAAUGAUCUGAGCAAAGUUAUUCCAAAGAAAAGGAAGGCUCGAGCUAUUGUUGACUCUGACUCUGAUGUUGAUGUUGAUGCUCAAGACAUUCCACCAAGGAAGAGACCAACAACUAGCAAGCUGGCUACUAGUUUUCCUGAGGUACCCAUUGAUAAUAUUUCUUUUCAUUACCCUUCUAGAGUCAAUAGGUGGAAAUAUGUUCACCAUAAGAGGUUAGCUUUGGAAAGGGAGUUGGCUCAGAAUGCCCUUGAGAAUAAAGAGAUCAUGGAUCUGAUUCAUGAAGAUGGACUAUUGAAAAAUGUUGUUCAUUUGCCUGCAUGCUAUGAAAUGCUGGUUAAAGAGUUCAUUGUGAAUCUAUUAGAAGACUGCGCUGAUAGAAAAUCAAAGGAUUUUAGAAAAGUAUAUGUGAGAGGAAAGUGUGUUACCUUCUCCUCAACUGUUAUCAAUAAUUUUCUUGGAAGAUUUGAUGAAGCCCAACCUGAGUUGGAAGUGACUGACAACAAAAUAUGUGAGGUUAUCACUGCUAAGCAGGUGAAAGUCUGGCCCCUGAAAGGAAAACUUUCUGCAAGCAAGCUCAGCAUAAAAUAUGCAAUGUUAUACAAGAUUGGAGCUGCUAACUGGGUGCCCACAAACCACAAAUCAAUUAUUGCUACUGUGCUAGGAAAGUUUAUAUAUGCUAUUGGAACCAAGACAAAGUUUGACUAUGGUACUUACAUAUUUGAUCAGACAAUGAAGCAUGUCGGGAGUUAUAGUUACCCUAAUAUCCUAAGUGAAAAUGAUGUUGUUUGCAAGAGAGAAAGUGCUUUAUCAUUUCACUACAAACUAUUUCAAGGAACACAUGUUCCUAACAUUGUCACAACAUUAGCUAGAACAUCCAAAGACAGCACACCUGCAGGUAAAGCUACUGUGAUAGCAAUGCUCAGGGAAACAUGCAAGGAGCUGGAGUCCAGAAAGCUGACUCUUGAAAAAUUAAUCAGCUCUCUUGAGAUGGAAGAAGGUGUUGAUUUUGUUGAGAAUGAAGCAGGUCCUGCAGAACAUGAUGAAGAAGAAGAGGCCAGUCAAGAUGACGGCACAGAUGAAGAAGAUAAUGUUGGCUCCAGUAGCUCUGAGUCUGAGGACUAG